AUCUUUGAGAUCCGCGACUUCACCAAUGCGUCCAGCUUCGAGCGCUUGUCACACCAGAUCUCCUUGGCGAGCAAGCAUUGGGCGGCCGCCAGUCGCGCAGCCACCACUGGUGCCAGUGGCGCCAGUGAGGAGGUGCUGCAGAUGAAGGAUGGCUUUGAACUUGGGGGCUUCAGGUACGAACUCUUAUUCCAGCUGGUGCCCAUUGGAGAGACCAAAAAGGAGGAUCGACUGGGACUUCAUGCCUUUCCCACGCGUGCUCACCGAUUGCAACGCUGGUUUGGCGUGAGGCAUUUUCUCAUCCUCAGCAUUAACAACCACAACAUUGAUCUGGACAGCGCCCGAACGCUCCUCAGUGCAGCUGUUUUGGCCACUGCAGCCGUGCCCUUGAGACCGCGCUUGAGCUGUUUCGUGCCCGUGGAGGGUGGCCGCAAGCGGGUCUUGGGCGAAGCCCUCCAUGGGCGCCGCACCAUCUACUGUACCGAUUUGCACAGCUCGGUGCAGCCGUCGCUGGAACACUUGGCGGGUCUGUCGGACUUCUUCCGCCGCAAGGUGGAGGCCGAGGUGGGCGAUGAGCCAUGCACCAUGAUGGUGGGAGUCCGAUUUACCUACUCUGCAGAUCACUUUGACACUUGGCAAGUCGACGGCGAAGAGGGUGAGGAUGCGAUUGAGUCCAUGAAGCUUCAUUGUUUGUGGCCAGCCUUCCCCCUGGGUGCCUUUGUGGAUGAUGCGAGGAACUUCUCCGAGCUGGACCCCCGCUCCGCGCCCUACUGGAAGCUGCGCCUGCUGCGCCGCAGCGCCGGCGCCGCGGGCGGCGCCACGGCGCCGCGCACGGCGCGCCUGGAGGCGCUGCUGGGCUUCCGCCGCGAGGCAAAGCAGAUCCGCUCGGCGGAGCAGAGCAUGCACAGUCAGGUGCCGAAGACGGCCAUGGCCUCGUUGACGGCGGCGAUCCAGGAGUCCUUGGAGUCCAUCUUGCUGCCCACCGCAGGCGAAAUGCUCUCCAUGACCGAUCUCUGCAUGUCCCUCCCGGUGGUCCCACGGCGCGCCGAUCUGAGCGCCACGUGCGACCUGGGCAGUGCGGCGGGCGCGCGACGUGGAGGGCGCCUGGUGCAGAUGGCGGUCUUGAGCGCCAAGAUGCGGUGCUUCAAAGGAGCUGUCAUGCUGUGGUGCAGCAUGCUGGCGCGCAUGCGCCGGCAAUGGGAUGCUUUGGAAGCUCCCUCCGCGGACUCUGCUAUGGCCACCACUUCUCGGCUGGAUGCGUCCGCCAGGACAGAGCUCUUUGACAGUAGCAGCUGGGACAGCAUGUGCCUGGCGCAGCAGAAGAUGGAGCUUCUCGAGCGGAGCAUCCGCGCGAAGACAUCGAGCGCUGCGCUGUCCGCUCCGUCGGCUCGCGCCGCGCAGGGCAGCUUCGUGUCCCGGCCUUCGCGGCUUUUGCCGCGAACUGCGUGGUGGCCGGGCGAAGAAAUCCGUCGGUGGAGGGACGGCGAUUUGGACCGGAUGGUGGAAGGAGAGUCAGAGGAGGAUGAGCGACCCGGCCGGUGGAUCCACCGACCCGGUCGUGCAAGACACCUGGAGGACCUGGGGAGAGAAGCGGUGCCUUCGCUGCUGUGCCCCGCGCUGCUCACCGAGGACUUACGGCUGCAGCGACAGAUGGCGGCCGCCGGCCUGGCCGAGCAGAGCGCCGAGCGCGCGGAGCUGAGCUUGGGCAAGGAGAUGCAGGCAGAUGUGGCCGCCUUCAAGGCACAGCCCGCUGGAAUGAGGAAGGAGGGUGGGGACUCACAGGCAGAGAACAUGGAAGCGGACUUGGAGGAUUUCCUCCAGUGGCGCGAGGAGAUUGAAGGUUUGAGUGACCUGGCAUGA